CGAGUCAAGAUUGUUUCACUAACUUGAGGAUUCUUUCAUAGCAACGCUUAUUCUUUUCUUUAUAAUAAUUAAUUUCCAUACCGCUUUGUUUUAUAUUAAAACAAAAUUUAUUUUAUUAAACGGGAUGUUUUACUCUGAAGAAGAACUUUCGUUGUGUUAUCUUGUGUUUUAAUUUGAUAGACUGCCCAGUAACUUGUUGGUUAGUUAGUUGGGUAGACUUACAGAAGGAAUUCUAGAAAACAUGUGUUGUGUUACUAUAACAACGUUUAUGUGGAUGCAACUGUUAGCAGUUGUAUCUUCCGGAAGUCGGCUACGAAUAACCGAUGUAAACAAUAACGUUAUAGGAGACAAUGCGCCAUAUAAACUACAACAACAGACGGAACCGGAAACUCCGAACGUGCCAAGCUAUACACGUGGUGUACCAGACGAGCAACGCCUCAUGGUACACCUGUUUAAUGGCUAUGAGAGAACUGUACGUCCUGUGCGCAACGCCAGCACUCCGGUUGUUAUCAGGAUGGGUCUGACUUUGACACAGAUAUUUGAUAUGGAUGAAAAGAAUCAAAUUUUAGUCACAAAUGUUUGGUUGGACCAGGAGUGGGAUGAUGAAUUUCUUGUCUGGAAUCCGACUGACUUUGCCAACAUAUCUACAUUGAGGAUACCUUGUAACAAGCUCUGGUUGCCGGAUAUUGUCUUGUACAAUAAUGCAGCAGAGUAUACCGACGGUCUUAUGCCAGCUAACGCCAUGGUUCGUUACGAUGGUAACGUAUUCUGGCCAAUACCAACAAAACUUCAAAGUUCAUGUAAAGUAGAUGUCACAUAUUUCCCAUUUGAUAUGCAAACGUGUAAAAUGAAGUUUGGGUCAUGGACAUACGAUGGAUUUCAGGUCGAUAUAACAAACCGAACAGAAGAAGUUGACCUCAGUAAUUACGUCAACAAUGGAGAAUGGGAACUGAUUAGCAUCAAACCAGUUAGAAACGUCGUUACGUAUGCUUGCUGUAACGAACCGUUUCCUGACGUCACAUUCACCAUUCAUAUACGUCGACGUACGCUGUACUACAUGUACAACGUCAUUUUUCCAUGUAUAAUGAUGUCCGCUUUGACGUUACUUGUAUUUUGUUUACCACCGGACUCGGGAGAAAAGAUUGCUCUUGGUAUAACUGUGCUUUUGGCUUUUUCGGUGUUUAUGUUGGCUGUGGCAGAAAAUUUACCAGAAACGUCAGAAUUCGUCCCGCUUAUAAGUAUUUAUUUGACAAUCGUAAUGGCACUGACGUCAAUGUCCGUUAUCAUGACAGUGUUCGUGUUAAAUCUUCAUCAUAGAGGUCCAAACAAACAUACAGUACCGAACUGGCUCAAAAUUAUCUUACUCCAAAAAAUGUCCCCAUAUUUAUGUCUACAGGAAGGUAACAGCGAUAUAUCGCGGUUUAUUAAAACCGAAGAAAGCUUCAUAAAGAAUAUGUCUUUAAAGAUAACUUUAGAUAAUAUCCAGCAAGCUUUGCAAAAUGAGAUUACCCUCGAAAAUGCAGAGCAAUCACAAAAUAAUAUAUAUAGUUCACUGUGUAACAUAUCUGUUCAGCCGGAUAUGUCUGCUCAAUCAAAUAGUUCACCAGUAAUUGAACAGCAGACGACUUUCAACCCCGCCAACUAUGUGCUUAAUCACGCAAAGAACGCUUCUGGUGAACAUUCCCAAAGACAGCCAUGUAAUUUUAGUUACGACACAUUGAAACAUGAACUCAAAACUCAGUCCAGUGUCAGAUCACCAACGCAGUUGGCAGACGAAAUGUCACGUGACCCAACGAAACAACAAACAUCAUCGCAGAAUCGAAAUGACAACAAUCGGAGAAAUAAACGCCGAUCCAAUACCAAUUUAAGCAAAACAAAUGAGGAGAUUUUAAACUCUUUAAAAAGAAUUCUCGAGAAGCAUGAGAAAGAAGAUAGAGACUAUGAAGUUAUACAAGAAUGGCGUAGGGUGGCCCAAUGUGUUGACAGAAUCUUAUUUUUUAUCUUUCUAGUAGCCACUGUGUCAUCAACAUUAGCAAUCCUCGUAAUAGCACCGGCCACACAGUAACAGUUAUAACCAAUGGUCAGCCGGUGAGAUUACUGGUCUGAUGAAGCUCAAAUUACGCAAUAUUAUGCCAAAAGUGUUACGCAGAGGUAUGCUUUCAUUGUAUAUCGAAGGAGGAAACAGGUUACAUAAUUGAAAACAAUGAGUAAUAAUAACUUUGAUGGAAUAAACAUAUAUGAUAUUGAAGGUAAACAGUGACGUUACAUGCAGAACGGAGAUGAAUGAGGAAAAAAAGUGGAUACAUUUGUAUGUACAAUAAGUUUGGCAAUAUAUAUAUAAAUGUAUGUAUAGUUUGAUACAUGCUAGCAUGGGAAGCUUUAAAUGAAUCUGCAAAAGAAGGACUUAAACAUAUUUAAUGAAUAAGGAAGGCUUUCUCGCCUAUCUUUUUGUUUGAAAUACUGAUAGUCUAUCGGAUAAUAUUCAUAUCGACGUUUUGUAUAGACACACCCCUAUUUUGUGGUGGAGCAGCAUUUAUCAGUUUGUAAAUUUUUCUUAAAAGAAUGCUCAUUUAAGGUAUUUGUAAUGUCCGUAUGAAUAAUAACUACAAAACAAUAAGCAAACAGGAUUUAAAUGUUCAGAAAGUUAUUGCAUUAGAAUAAAAUAACUAAAAUAACACUGAAGCAACAAUGUCUCCUUGUUGGAUACCAGUCGACGAGUUUUUUUGUAAUGCCAUAGAACAUAACACGCUUUUUUGUCAGUUAUGUCGACAUGAAUAUUGUAGAAUAAGAAAAUAAAAAAUUGA